AACUUUACAACUUACAAAUUACAUAUUCACGUCCACUUACACAAUAGGUACCGCCUAUAAUCUUCGGACAUCCUCGACGGAGCUAUCCAAUUUCCUACAUCCUCAUUCGUCAUGUCUACUAAGUCUAGAUUCUGUCCUCUCUGCGGUGUCCUGGUUGAUGUGUGGCCAACCCUUGGUAACGGUCUAGCAAAUCCCGAUUGUCGCCUUAACUGGUUACAAGAAGUUCGAGCCUUGCGAACUACGGACGAACUUGAAGACCCUUCUAUAACGGGUACUGGAUGGCUCGAUAUAGAUGGAAAUGUCAUCGCCCCCUUCGAGUAUAACAGUCACUAUCGUGACUAUGAACCACUGCAAGAUCUACACCGUGAUUUCGCGAUACACGAAGUCGGUUAUCCGCAAUGUGAUCCUAUGGUAUUCGAAUACUGGUGUUAUGUUCUCCAUGAUGCCUGCUGGAAGCUUCUCAGAGAACGUGUUGAUCCGAAUCACGCGGUUUCUGUUAAUAGCCUAGCACACCAUCUCUUCGUUAUACUGUUCAAUACCCCCGUGAGCGCCAAGAGCGAGGUUUUAGUACCCGGCCAUGACUACGGACACGCCAGUCAAUUCCACCCCCGCGAAGCAGAAGUGCAUAGCCGCUAUUUUACUCGUGUAAAUUUGACCAGUUACUCUUUCAUCACGGGCGAUAUAACUGAGGAGUUUGUACCCGAUGAGGAAAGCCUUGACGAUGAAGCCAAAUCCUUUUACGCUUACUUAGCCAACUCUUACAUGAAACAUAGGAACUACUCUAAGCCAGAUCCUUUCCUACUUCUUCCAAGCGAGCUUAUCGUGCUCAUCCUUGCCCAUCUACCAAGUCGAGACGUUUGCAACUUACGGCUCGCUUCGAGGUACACGGCCGAUCUUUCCUCUCCAGAGUUUCUCGAUCAGAAGUUCUGGUCCAGCCGGUUCGGCCCGGAUUUUGAAAUGGGCUUCGUCUUUGUUGGCCUUUCCAACUCAAGGCCUACUGAGCCCGCAGACUGGCGGACGCUGUACCUCAAAGCCAAAGGAGCAUUAAAAUCGGAACUGUUCCAUGGCCUGAGAAACCGAUAUCGUAUUUGGCAUAUAUUUCAACAUAUGACUGACGCCUUAUACGUACGUCUGGCAAAUGACCCGUGCGCAGACAAUCUCUCGUAUUGGAACAAGGAGUGGUUCCCCCGAAGAUCAGUGUUUGCAGAGGCAUUCUUUUAUCAAGGUUGGGCAAACACAACGAAACCACUAUCUUUGAGUUGUAGGCUCUUUAGGCGCAAAGACCUCCUAUGGCCCCCUUCACUAGAUUGCGCACCCCAAAGGCUACGAGCUUCAUUUAUUUACUCGAAUGCAAAGACAUAUAUCAGCGGUUUCCAGUUCUUAGCUACUUGGCCUGGAGACCCUGCCCCGUAUUGGGUCGGAUUUAUUAAUCCGCGUAAAGGACACGAAAUAGUUUUGGAGCCUCAGAAUCCUGUAGAGUAUAUUGAGGCCGUUAUGGAGACGAAAGGUCUAGUCGGAUUACGUCUUCGUACUCGAGGGUUUCAAAACUCAUAUUCCGUCUCGAUAGGGGACAUGGAACUUACAGACCCUCAGAGAGGGAUAUGUAGACUAACACCAGGAGACAAUAUGCAGUGUGUCGGCUUUCACUUUGCGCUUGACGCCUGCAAAAUUAUCUCUAUCUCACUUAUAGAACAGCCAGCCUCAGCGUCACGGGCUUUUGUUGACAGAAGAAAAAUGCCAGUUGCAGACUGGGAUUGGCGCCCCGGAGAAAUAUGGAAUCCAAGCAUUCCGACCAUCCAUCCAACGUGGCAUUUUCCUGCUGCCUUCAUUACACAACACUUCAACUUAUGUCUCAACAUGGACUUCGGUGGAACUGAUGGAAAGCUACUACAAUCACUGGUCAGGAUCGAUGUAUUAAUAGGGAAAUACCCCUCAGUAUUCACAGGUAUUUCAUUCAUUUAUAGUGAUGGGAGUGAGCGCUUCUAUGGACGCAAGAACUUCAGGAAUAGUGUAGACGAAAUAAUUGACACGCCAGCAAUUCGACAAUGCUUCCCAAUUGACGGCCCGGGCGGUGAGGUUAUAACCAAGAUCACCGCCUACUAUUUUCCGUACACCAUCCAGGCCAUCACGGUUACCACCAACCUAGGAAGAGAGAAUCAGUUUCACCUCUACGGUAAAGAAUCCAGAGAAGAAACCGAAGAGAAGAGCUAUGUGCUACAAGCUGAACCUGGGAUGCAUUUCACGGCAUUCUAUGCAAAGAUCCAUUCACCCUUGGGACACUUCCUAGAUUUCUCUGCACGAUGUCAGAUUAUAAAUACGGACUCGCAACCACCUCUACUAGAGCAUUCGGGCAUUCCACACUCCAUUCCUAUCACCGCAGAGACAUUAGAUUCAGCUCAGGACAUGUUAGCAUAUCCCGGAGGUUUUGCCAUCACCACCGCAGACUUUUCACGCCUUCGGAGAAUCCGUGUUUCAGUGGGCAAUAUAAAGGAAAUAAGUUCGCCAAGACAUAUCACAGGUCUCUGGCUCGAAUACUAUAAUUCUACUAUACCAGUCAUCGUGGGACAAUGGGUAAACGAGUUAGGUACCAUUGACAUCACUCCAGGUGACCGGAUAUCGGAAGUGAUAACAUGGCACGAUUACACAAAUCACUAUAAUCGAGUCAAAUAUGGCCCGCUCAGGAGGCUGAGAAUAGUAACCGCCCGUGGUGUCAGCAAGGAAUUUCUAGAACACCAUAAUGGCGGGGAAAUAUGUCUAGAGUAUCGAGAGAACCCGUAUGAAACUCUGAGCGGCAUCCUCUGGGGUUAUAAUCAUGAAUGGGACCAUGUUCGCAUCUUCUAUACACCAAAGACAGAAGUACCUAACACACAACUACUCAUAGGUUCAGCUGACUACCUACUCCCUUCAUGGUCAGUCGUGCAGAGGGCGUUUAUACAAGAGACGCGUGAAGAUGGUGGCCCAAAUCCUGCCAUAGCUAUUGAAGUCACUUUUAGGCAGGUUACCAACGAGAUUUGUGGUAUUAGCUUUAUCUACGAAGAUGAAAAGUUUCUGACGCUCGGUAUCGGAGUAAAAGGGGCAAGAAGAAUAGCUAUUCCUUCCGACGAGAAGUUAGCACAAGUGGAGAUAGGAGGCACCCGACAGAACCAUAUCCUGUAUAUCAAUUUCUUGACAGCCUCCGGCCGGAAAAUAGACUUGUCGCGGCUGAGUGUUGAAAAUAUCAAUAAGCGCGUAGUUAAUCGGACCGUGUAUAUCCUUGAUCGAUCUUGUCCUGGUCAACCUAGAAUCGCUCGGACGAAAGUUUUUCAGGUUCCCGAGGGAGCCGGUGUACUUACAGGCUUCUGGACGUUGCCAAGGAGGCGUGGAGGUCUCCGGUAUGGCAGAUUCGGACCAAUUUUCGAAAGUGCCAGCGAAGGCAGGAGGCUGGCAGGCUAAGUAACAGAAAGACGAGACUGUAAAUAGGGGUAGAGCCACAUUCAGCAAAUCAGGUAGCACGCAUACUUGCAGGCGAAUUAAAAUGCAGGUACCUAGUAAGAGCAUACCUAGAGCGUUAGGUACUUGGAUAAUAUUUCCUAUAAGAGAGUGCCUUGGAAUCAGGUAGCAUAGAGAGAACUUCAUCAUCUUGGAAUCA